AUGUUUAUUCCGUGUCUUUGUGUCGAGCAGCUGUACGCUACACUCUCGCUGUCGCUCUCGAUCAUCUGCAUCCUGCUGUAUGGACUUCCCGAUCAUCUUCCGGGCAAACGCGCCUGCGCAAUCCUUCUGCUGCUGUACCACGGUGUUGCAUCAUCGGUGUUGCUCAAUGCCGAACCGUUCAUCGACUUUGCCUUUGCGGACGCGCUGAGCAAACACGGUGUCAGGAUCGAGACGAUCGCAGGGGUAGCUCAUGGACUCAUGUCGCUCGCGACCGUUUCUUGGUGGCAGUCGAGCUUGGGUGCUGUCAGGGCGUUUGGUGGUGGCAGUGCAGACAACCAAGACCCUCAGGAGCACCAGGCCAAGUUCUCGCACGAAGCCGUCGGCUUCGGAGCCGGUUUCAUGGCGAUGCGCGAAUACGAGAAGCGCCAGGAAGCCCGUGGCGAACACCCCAAGCACGAGAUGGCCAAGGAGAUCCUCGCCGGCAUCGCCGGUGGUGAGGUCGACAAGCUCUUCGAAACCAAGGGCCUCGACUUCCUCGACCGCGAAGAGGCCAAGCGUCACGCCCGCCAGCAGGCCGAACAGCUUUACGACCAGCAGUACGGCAACUAA